AGUUGCCCAGCACCUUAUAGCAGACGCCUACGAAGCGCGCCUGCUUCCAGUUGCAUUGGGAGGAAGGGUGUAUUAGGAGAAAUGUGGCACUUGGAAGGCGGAUCACCACGUGGCAGCUGAGUGAGGUUUCUGGAGAUUUUAGAAUCACGAACAGAGCGCAAGAGGAACCUGACAGAGUUAGAGACCGGAGAGAGCUGCGGAGUAUUCCGGCUGAAGAUAGUUUAUAAAUUGAUCACAAACGCAGAGGCCAAGUGUGCAGAAAGAAACAGUCCAGAGCCAGAUGUAUUGUGGAGGAAUCUUCUACUCUCUUUAAACAUGAGAUACUUCUCUCUCUGUCUUCUCUGGAUCAGCUGGUGCUAUGUGUCGCAAACGCAAGCAGAAUUCUUCACAUCCAUAGGUCAAAUGACGGAUUUGAUUUACUUGGAAAAAGACCUGGUCAAAUCUCUGAAAGAAUACAUCACUGCAGAAGAGGCCAAGUUAUCAACAAUUAAAAGCUGGGCUGAAAAGUUGGAUGAACUGACAGACACUUCGACCUCUGACCCAGAAGGAUAUCUGGGCCAUCCAGUAAAUGCAUACAAGCUGAUGAAGAGAUUGAACACAGAGUGGCUGAGACUGGAAAGCUUAGUUCUACAGCACACUUCUGAUGACUUCAUUGCUAAUCUGUCAAUUCAGCGACAGUACUUUCCCACGGAUGAAGACGAGAGUGGAGCAGCAAAAGCCCUCAUGCGUCUCCAGGACACCUACAGGCUGGAUUCAGAUAGUAUUUCCAAGGGCAGGCUGCCAGGCACACAAGACCUGGUCUCCCUCUCAGUCGAUGACUGCUUUGAGUUGGGAAAGGUCGCUUAUAAUGACGGCGACUACUACCACACCCUUCUGUGGAUGGAGCAAACCCUCAGACAGCUGGAGGAAGGAGAGACUGGUGGAGUCAGCAAGGCUGAAGUGCUGGACUAUCUCAGCUACUCUGUAUACCAGAUGGGGGACCUGCGUCGUGCUAUCAAACUGACAAAGCGCCUGAUAGCUGCUGAUCCAAAACACUUAAGAGCCAAGAAUAACCUCAACUAUUUUAAUAACCUACUAAGACAACAGACGCAAGAUGAUGAAGAGUCCGAUGUAGAAUCUUCUGAAUCUCAGGAUAUGAAAUAUGUACCACCAGUUGACUACUUACCUGAGCGGGACACUUAUGAAGCUCUGUGCCGAGGGGAAGGAAUUAAGAUGACUGCUCGAAGACAAAAGCGACUGUUCUGUCGUUACCACAAUGGCAACAAUAAUCCUCGGUUGCUCAUUGCCCCCAUCAAAGAGGAAGAUGAAUGGGACAGUCCACACAUUGUUCGAUACUAUGAGGUGUUGUCCGAUGCAGAAAUCGUAAGAAUUAAAGACUUAGCCAAGCCCCGGCUGGCCCGAGCAACAGUGCGUGACCCUAAAACAGGUGUUCUAACUGUAGCCCAUUACAGAGUUUCAAAAAGUGCCUGGUUGGACGAUGACGUAGAUCCUGUCGUGCACCGGGUUAACCAACGGAUAGCAGACAUCACAGGUCUGGGAGUGGAGACAGCCGAGUUACUUCAGGUAGCAAAUUAUGGAGUUGGAGGGCAGUAUGAACCUCAUUUUGACUUCUCCAGAAAAGAGGAACAGGAUGCUUUCAAAGAAUUAGGCACUGGAAAUCGUCUUGCUACUUUUUUAAAUUAUAUGAGUGAUGUCACAGCAGGCGGAGCCACAGUGUUUCCUGACUUUGGGGCUGCGAUAUAUCCAAAGAAGGGAACAGCAGUAUUUUGGUAUAACCUUUUUAGAAGCGGUGAAGGUGAUUAUAGAACACGACAUGCAGCCUGUCCGGUGUUAGUAGGAAGUAAAUGGGUUUCCAAUAAAUGGAUCCACGAGAGAGGGCAGGAGUUCAAGAGGCCAUGUGGACUGACAGAAGUGGAUUAAACCUGUGGACCAUUCUAUUCCCCCAAUUUACUUCCUUCCUUUCUUUUAUCAGGACAAGCAAAGUGUCAAUGAUUUGAUUUUCUCUUUUGAGUGCUAAUUGUCUUCAGCAUUCCAUUGACCCUUUCAACCCAGUGUUGGCCUUAUUCUGUAUUAUUUCUUCUCUUUUCUGAACCCAGGCAUACUAUGAUAUUCAAUGAUGAUGAAGAAAAACUUGUGGUAUCUCUUAGUGGUGGUCUACUGUGUACAUGAAGAUAAUUCAUUCUCAGUGUCAACAAGUAAGAACACUUGGGUACAGUAACCCAGAGAAGAGGACAACCCUUUUACUUUGGGGAAAAUAGCGAAUGGAAAUAUUGAAGUAACCACCCUUCACCCUUUCUUCCUACCAACAUAAUUUGCAACAGAGUGCAGUUUGGUCUUGUUGUUCCACCACAUGGAGACAGAUGCAUAAGUCUGCAUCCUGGUUCCAAUACUGGUUUCUUUCCAAGCCAGCCUCCUUGUUCUGUGGCCAUUCUAAUUUAACAUAUCUAGUUUCAUGAGAAUAGUUUUGUCUUACCAUUCUGUUAGGUUAUAUGGCAUUCUCCAACAGGCUUACGUUCAGUUUUUCCACAUCAAUCUCCAAUUUUAUUCUUCACCUCAAGGUAUUGAUUGGUUGCAAAUGUCAAGAGUUCCCUUUAAAAUUAAUCUAAAUUGCUAGUAGAAAAGUAAGUCACAAAUACAAUAUGGCCAACCAAUUUGAUAUAAAAUAAGAAGUGCAGCAAAUGCUAAGCAAGUUAGGGAAUAUCUGUGCAGAGAGAAGCAGAGCUAAUAUUUUGGUCAGGACUGUCAGGGAAGGUCAUCAGCUUUCUAUGCUGACUGUCUCUCUCCACAGAUGCUGCCUGACUGCUGACUAUUCCCACCAUUUGCCAUAUUGUCUGCUUCAGAACAAAUUUGUUAUUUUUGUUGACACUGCUUUUCUGACAACCACCGUGAAAUAAGUCCUGAUUCACAGACGAGCAUGCAGCUAGCAAAGAGGAAGACCAUCCAAUUUUUAUAGCACUCAUCUUCCAUGAAUAAGUAGAGAAAUAAUGAUUGUAAUCACUGAUUGUAUUAAAUAAUUCAUUUAAAAAAAGUUGAGGUGGAAGUGCAUCUUUGGCUGCAUCAAGUGGAAUGUGACUGAAUUUUGGAAGUGGAUUCUAAAAUUUAUUAGACAUACUUUAUAUGCAGAGUAUAAACAGUCUACAGAUACAGAAUUGUAAAUGCCACAACCAUUUUUGUUGCAACUGACUAAGAAUCAAUUAAUAUUUUGGAGCAAACACAAUACACAGCCCGAUGUGUCCACAUUCCUUGACUCCAGAUCAGGGGUUCCCAAUCGUUUUUACAUCAUGGACCCCUACCAUUAACCAAAUGGUCCAUAGCCCCCAGGUUGGGAUGCUUUAGAUGCACCAACUGGAAAUGUAAGAUCAGGCAUAUUCUCCAAAAUCUGUUUAAUUUAAGAAUUGAACUUUAGGAGAGCUGGCAGUGGAAUUAAAUUAGCAAACUGUUGAGCUAUGAAAUCCAGGUAAUUUGUGUGCUGGAGCACACAUAAAAUGUUGGAUGAAUUCAGCAGGUCAGGCAGCAUCUACGGAGAGGAAUGAACAGUCAACGUUUCAGGUCCAGACUCUUCAUGAGGUUUGCAGAAUUCACUAGAUCUGAUGAAGGGACUUGACCAGAAAUGUCCAAUUUCCAUUUUCCUUCAUAGAUGCUGCCUGACCCACUAAGUUCAUAGAAUUUAGAACGCUACAGCAGAGUACAUACCCUUCAACCCACCUAACCUUUCAUUCUUCUAUCAUCGGGUUUAGCUAAAAAUUUUUUAAAUGUCUCCAAUGUAUCUGCCUCUACCACUUCCUCUGACAGGAAGUUCCAAGCACCCACCACUCUCUGUGUAAAGAACUUACCUCUGAUAUCCACCUAUACUUUCCUUCAAUCACUUUAAAUUAUGCCCCUUUGUAUGCCCCCUUUUAACAUGCUUCACGUCGUGCCUGAUUUGAAGUUUCUGCAAGUCUCUUAACUUAGUUACUGGCCUGAUCGUCCUGUGAUGAUGUCUGUUUUGGAAUCUUAAAUGUUAGAUUAUUCCUUGUUAAUUUUUGGAUCACCAUAACAAAGUCAGCUUUAACUGUUUCAAUCAGGUGGGGGGAGCCAUUAGCUUUAAAUCCCGCUUGAUUAUCCAGCCAUCGAAAUAAUCAUAAAACAGAGGUUGGGAGAGAAGCUGAAGGGAACUCCUACACCAGAGAAGUGGUUUUCCAAAAGAAUUGAUGCUGGGAGCAGUUAAAAGUUUACUUCCAGUGAACUGAAUUAGUACUGGGGGAGUUAAGGAUAUAUCUCUCCAUGUGACCCUGUGUGUUUCUCCCAGGGGGGGGGGGGCUCAGGGUUCCAUUCCACCCACUUCCCAAAGUCAUGCAGCUAGAUUAAUUGGCAAUUGUGAAACAGCCAUAUUUGGCAGGAGAGAAGUGUCAAAAUGAAUCACAGGGAGUUAAGAGGCAGGUGUUUGAGAAAAUAAGUUGUAGGGGCACAGAAGAAUAAGGAGAGGAAGGAUCGGUUGCUGUCCUGGGAUCUGGCAUGGACUGCAGAAGCCAAUAGUCUCCUCCUAUCUUACAAGAUAACAGUGGAAAUCAAAAAUAAACCUCUGCAGAUACCGGAAAUCUAAAAGCAAAAGUAAAGUGCUGGAAAUACUUAGCAGGUCGGGCGGCAUCUUUAGGAAAAGAAACAGACACAAUCUUUCAAGUCACAGAUCUGACAAAACAUUUCCCACCUGAAAAGUUGAUCCUGUUUCUCUUCUCGCAGGUAUGGCCUUCCCUGCUGAGUAUGUCAUCUUAAGAUAACAAGGGGAUAUACCAAACUCAAUAUGGUUUCUGUUUUUGCUAGAGCUUGAUUCCUUCCGUUAAACAGCCCUUGAAGGACUUAAUUCCUACCACAUUAAUAUGAAGAAUAACAAAAAGUGAUGCAUAAAUUCUUGAUGGGAAGAUCCUCAAAUGCUUCUUCACAUCCACCUGAAUGCCAUUUGAGCUGCUAGUGAUGAAAAUUGACAGAGACCAAAAAUUGACAGGCACCUAAAAUUCUCUCUCUCUCUCUCUCUCUCUCUCUCUCUCUCUCUCUCUCUCUCUCUCUCUCUCUCGCUCUCUCUCUCUCUCUCUCUCUCUCUCGCUCUCUCUCUCUCUCUCUCGCUCUCUCUCUCUC